AUGGGCGGCGCGUGCUCUCGUCGACUCCGGCCCAGCUCCAGUGGCUACGGCGGCGGCUCCACCAGCGCCGGUGGCGGCGGUGGAGGCGGAGCGAUGGAGGGAGGCUCCAUCCGGGGGAGGCUGAGCGCGGAGGGUAGAUUCGCGAGCGAGCGGCGGCACCUGCACCACUGCCACCAGCACUGCCAGGGGCCGCGGUUCCACUGCGACGGACAGGACCUCCACGUGGAUUGGGAUGUUGCUGACGAUGCUCGCGAUGGGGACGAGUGCGGCGAGGAGCUCCCUUGGUCGACGGCAUCGAUUCCCGUUGCCACGCUGAGCCAACGGUCAUUGUCAGGGGCGAGAAUGGGCAGCGCGAACAGCCAGGCCAGGGUUACUAGUGGAAGCAGAGCUGGCAUGGCCAGGCUGUCGCUUGAGGAGCUUGCCACGCUGGCAGUCUGCCGUGAUUUGAUUCGCCGACCAUCAAGCUACACACCAUCCAAGCUUGCGCGUCUCUCCCCACACGUGCUGCAAUCGCUGCUCCACGUGCUCGUGCACGUCAGGGAGCUCUCCCUGCCGCUCCUACAAGCAUUGCCCGCGCCACUCCUUGAGUCCCUGCCUCUGGCGCAUUACCCCAACCUCAACGACCGCUGGCUGGAGCUGCUGUCGCCUCACGCGCCCACACUGCUCUCCAUCGACCUCUCCUUUGCUGCUGCUGUCACCGAUGCUGGCAUACACAAGCUGCUUUCCGGCGCCCCUCCUGCUCUUCCUGCUGCCAAUAGCACCUCCCCCUCCUCUCCUCCUAUGGGUCUAACCUCGCCCCAAGCCCGAAACCUGUCUUCCCCCACACUGUCCGACAUCCGCCUUUUAGGCAGCCCCGUUUCUAGCAGCCCCGCUUCCAGCAGUAGCUCCCAAGAAGAUCUGUCAGACGGAAGUUCCUCGGAAGGAGUGUUUUUGGAGUUGAGUCUAGGGGAAGAAGAGGAGGGAGAAGGGAGUGAGGAGAGGAGGGGUGGAGGGGAGGAAGGUGAAGGGAGCAGAGAGAGGGAAGAGAGGGAUGAAAGGGAGAGGAGAGAUUGUGAGGAGAGGAGGAAUUCAAGGGAGAAUGAGAUUCGCAUGCGCCUGCAAGCGGCAAGGAUGGAGAGGGAGAGGCAUGGGGAUGCCUUCUGCAGCAGAAAACGGCAGAGGGGGGCGGGAGCAUCAGCCACAAUCACUGACGACGCCCUGGCUCCUCUUGCUGGUAACCACCUGAACCAUGCUGGUAACCACCUGAACCAUGCUGGUAUCCAGUUGCAGUGCACUGUGAGAAUCCGUUCUGCUGCACUCAUGCCACCACCUCGCCUCUCUCAGCACACCUGCCUGCAACCGCCUGUCUGCUGCUGCUCAAGCUCACCUGACCUACCCUCUGUCCCUCUGUCCUCCACUCCCACGUGCCCCUUCCCUUCCUUCCUUCCCCUUCCCUUCUCUUCCCUCACAUCAGCCUGCCACCACCUCGCCUCGCUCAGCACGCGUGGCUGCAACCGCCUCUCUGCUGCUGCUCUCACGCACGUGGCCCACCUGCCCUCCCUCACGUGCCUGAACCUGGAGAUGUGCGGCCUGCUCAAGGGGGGCAUGCGUCACCUUACAGGGCUCUCCUCCCUCCGCACUCUCAACGUCGGCUGGUGCACGUCCCUAGACGAUGACGACAUGGCAGACAUUGCCCACCUGUCUUCACUGCACUCCCUCAACGUCUCCCGCUGCAAGAUCACAGAUGCUGGCCUCACGGCUCUGCUGCAAGCUCUCUCGUCCCUCACCAGUCUCAGCAUGGCGGGCUGUCAGCAUGUUACGGAUACUGCCUUCUCUCUCAUCUCUGGCGUUCACGGGCUGACUGAGCUCAACGUGGAGUGGUGUGCACUUCUAACCAACACAGGCCUUAAGCACCUGCAAGCUCUCACGCGUCUCACGUCUCUCAACCUGGCCUACACCCGCUUUGGCGUCAUCGACACGCCCCGCAACAGAAGCAUGCAGAGCGCCCCCUUCUUCAUUUCUUCACUGCGCUCCCUCCGCCACCUCAACCUGGACUCAUCACGGGUCAACGAUCUUGCAAUGGCAGAGCUUGCAGGUCUGACCGCCCUGGAGAGCCUUGAUCUGUCAGACUCCACAGUCGGGGAUGCAGGGAUUCGCAAUGUCUCUGCCAUGACUCGUCUCUCCUCCCUCAACCUGAGCUACUGCAACGUCGCUGAUGGCGGUGUGACCAGCAUCGCCCAUCUCUCCGCCCUCACCUCCCUCUCACUCGACACACGCUCUAUCACUGAUGCCGGCUUAAAACGUCUUUCAGCCCUCACCAACCUCACCAGCCUGGACCUGUUUGGAGCGCGGGUGACUGACGAGGGCAUGGCAGUGGUCAAGGGCUUCAAGAAGCUUCAGGUGCUGGAGGUGUGUGGGGGUGGCAUUACGGACAAGGGAGUGAAGGAACUCGCCUCUCUGCCCCGACUGGCCUCUCUUAAUGUCUCUCAGAACCAGCGCAUCACCGAUGCUGGCGUCAAGGCUUUGGCAGCACUCACCUCUCUCGAAACCCUCAACCUGUCGGGGUCAGGAGUCACCCGCAACGGCCUCUCCCACCUGCUCGCCCUCUCCCGCCUCACCUCCCUCUCUCUGCACGGCUGCAAGGUGCACAGAGCGCACCUCAACCACCUGCUCGUCUCUCCUCUUUGCGACUGGGACCCAAGUCGGUCGAGCGUCCGCCAACCUCGCCGUUGCAUCAUCGCUCAAUCAAGCAUGGCGCCCAACGAAACAGUGCCACGUGGCGAAGGGCGCUUGGAAGAGCUGCUGGAAAGCGGCAUGUUCGCUGACGUGACGCUGAGAGCGGGCGACGCGGAUGUUGCCGCGCACCGCUGCAUCCUCUCGUCGUGGUACGUGUGCGACGCCACGUCUCCUGUGUUCAAGAAGAUGUUUACGAACGGCUUUAUGGAGACAUCGGAGCGGCCUAUAGUGAGGAUGGACGACAUGGACGAGUGCACCCUACGCCUCUUCCUGCGCCUCAUCUACGCGGGCGGAUGCAACCUUCCCAAGGAGUACCUCCUGGUGCGCUCUCUCCAGCAGAUGAUCAAAAUUCGGUAA